GGGCCCCACAGCCGCUCCAGCCCGCCUUUCGUCCGGGGUGCGGCUGGUCGCUGCGGGGACGCCCGGAGCCCCGGGGGCGCGCGCCGCGGGCGGCGGCCGGAGCCCCACCUGGACGCCGCGCCAGGAAUCCUAAACCCAAAAUACUAUAAAGAAACAGGAACAUGGCUCACCGUAUUCCAUUUCUUUGGAUAGUUUUGGUUCUGCUUCUUCAGAAUUCCGUACUAGCUGAAGAUGGGGAAAUAAGAUCAAGUUGUCGUACUGCUCCAACAGAUUUAGUUUUCAUUUUGGACGGCUCUUACAGCGUCGGCCCAGAAAACUUUGAAAUAGUGAAAAAGUGGCUUGUCAAUAUUACAAAGAACUUUGACAUAGGACCGAAGUUUAUUCAGGUUGGCGUGGUCCAGUAUAGUGACUAUCCUGUACUGGAGAUUCCCCUGGGAAGCCACGAUUCGGGAGAGAAUUUGAUGGCGGCAGUGGAAUCCAUCCACUACCUAGGAGGAAAUACAAGGACCGGGAAGGCCAUCCAGUUUGCACUCGAUUACCUUUUUGCCAAGUCCUCCCGAUUUCUGACCAAGAUAGCAGUAGUGCUCACGGACGGUAAGUCCCAAGAUGAAGUCAAGGAUGCCGCAGAAGCAGCAAGGGAAAGUCAAAUAACGUUAUUUGCCAUUGGCGUUGGUUCAGAAACAGAAGAUGCGGAACUGAGAGCAAUCGCCAAUAAGCCUUCUUCUACUUACGUGUUUUAUGUGGAAGACUAUAUUGCAAUAUCCAAAAUAAGGGAGGUGAUGAAGCAGAAACUCUGUGAAGAAUCUGUCUGCCCAACACGAAUUCCAGUGGCAGCUCGCGAUGAGAAAGGGUUUGAUAUUCUUUUAGGCUUGGGUGUAAAGAAAAAGGUUAAGAAGAGAAUCCAGCUUUCACCAAUAAAGAUAAAAGGAUAUGAAGUUACAUCAAAAGUUGAUUUAUCAGAAUUCACAAGCAAUGUUUUCCCAGAAGGUCUUCCUCCAUCAUAUGUAUUUGUCUCCACUCAGAGAUUUAAGGUCAAGAAAAUGUGGGAUUUAUGGAGAAUUUUAACCAUUGAUGGAAGGCCACAAAUAGCAGUUACCUUAAAUGGCGUGGAUAAAGUGUUAUUAUUUACAACAACCAGCAUAAUUAAUGGCUCACAAGUGGUCACCUUUGCUGACCCUCAAGUUAAGACAUUAUUUGAUGAAGGCUGGCAUCAAAUUCGCCUUUUAGUAACAGAACAAGAUAUAACUCUGUAUAUUGAUGAUCGACAAGUUGAAAACAAGCCCUUACAUCCAGUUUUAGGCAUCUUCAUCAAUGGCCAAACACAAAUUGGAAAAUACUCUGGGAAAGAAGAAACUGUUCAGUUUGAUGUCCAAAAGUUGCGAAUCUACUGUGACCCAGAACAGAACAACCGAGAGACAGCGUGUGAGAUCCCCGGAUUUAAUGGUGAGUGCCUCAAUGGUCCCAGUGAUGUAGGUUCAACUCCAGCUCCCUGUAUUUGUCCUCCGGGAAAACCAGGACUACAAGGCCCCAAAGGUGAACCUGGACGGCCUGGGAACCCUGGCUACCCUGGACAACCUGGUCAAGAUGGUAAGCCUGGAUAUCAGGGAAUUACAGGAUCACCAGGUGUUCCAGGAUCCACAGGAAUACAAGGAGCUCAAGGACCACCAGGUUACAAAGGAGAACCAGGGAGAGAUGGUGAAAAGGGUGACCGUGGACUUCCCGGUUUUCCUGGGCUUCAUGGAAUGCCAGGAACAAAGGGUGAAAUAGGCCCCAAAGGAGAUAAAGGAUCACCUGGAUUUUAUGGCAAAAAGGGUGCAAAAGGUGAAAAGGGGAAUGCUGGUUUUCCUGGCCUUCCUGGACAUGCUGGAGAACCAGGAAGACAUGGAAAGGAUGGAUUAAUGGGUAGUCCUGGAUAUAAGGGAGAAGCAGGACCUCCAGGCGCCCCAGGGCAGGACGGAUCAAGGGGAGAGCCUGCACCAGGAAUGGCUCGUUCUUGGUCUGUGUUGGAUGAAACUACCUUAACCGGAAUCCCAGGAUUUCCCGGAAAUCAAGGAUUACUGGGACAAAAGGGUUUGAUGGGAAGUGAUGGCUUACCUGGUCAACCUGGAACACCAGGAUCUAAGGGAAAUAAAGGUGAACCUGGACUCCAAGGGACACCUGGGGCUCCUGGGCUCAAGGGAGAGCAAGGAAGAGUGGGUCCCCCAGGAGAACCAGGAUACCUGGGUUUACCUGGAAUUCAAGGAAAAAUGGGCGACAAAGGAAAUCAAGGUGAAAAAGGCAUUCAGGGUCAAAAGGGAGAAAAUGGAAGACAAGGGAUUCCAGGGCAACAGGGAAUUCAAGGCCAUCAUGGUGCACCAGGAGAGAGAGGUGAAAAGGGAGAUCCUGGUGUCAGAGGUGCCAUCGGACCGAAAGGAGAAUCUGGGGUGGAUGGGCUGAUGGGGCCUGUGGGUCCUCAGGGGCCACCUGGGGAAACGGGGCCUCAGGGACUGCCAGGACUGGACGGGAAACCUGGGAGAGAAUUUUCAGAACAGUUUAUUCGACAAGUUUGCACUGAUGUAUUAAGAGACCAGUUACCAGUCUUACUUCAGAGUGGAAGAAUUCAAAACUGUGAUCAUUGCCAGUCCCAACACGGUUCCCCUGGAAUUCCUGGGCCACCCGGUCCCAUGGGCCCCGAAGGUCCCCGAGGAUUUCCUGGUUUGCCAGGAAGAGAUGGUGUUCCUGGAUUAAUGGGUGCUCCCGGACGCCCAGGUGUCAAAGGAUUAAAAGGCCUACCAGGAAGAAACGGGGCAAAGGGGAGCCAGGGGCCCGGGUACCGUGGAGAGCAAGGUCCUCCUGGUCCCCCAGGUCCAGAGGGCCCUCCGGGGAUAAGCAAAGAAGGUCCUCCAGGAGACCCAGGUCUCCCCGGCAAAGAUGGAGAUCACGGAAAGCCUGGAAUCCAAGGACAGCCAGGCUCCCCUGGCAUCUGUGAUCCAUCCCUGUGUUUUAGUGUAAUUGUCGGGAGAGAUCCAUUUAGAAAAGGACCGAACUAUUAGUGUCUGAUGCCUCAUUCAGCAGUGCUGGCGUGGUGCUUUUCUCCUGCGGUCUCACAGUCUUAUCAUCUCAGGAAGAUAACAGCAAUAAUCCUUUGAAAAGAAACUAAAGUACCUCGGUGUUUUUUAUUUUUCCUUACAGAAAAAUAUAUAAAAGGUCACAUAUACUGAUUUUAAAGGCUCCUCGGUCAUUCAGAGCCUUUAGAUUGGUAGCAUUAACUAAAUCUCAAGGGUUCCUUAUACGUCAAUUCAUUUUAAUCAACGUUGAAUAUAAAACCACCAUUGCCUGUUAGUCAGUUUCAGUCACUGUGAAAUCUUUCACAUCCAGCCUCCAUGCAGCAGAGUAUUUGAGUUUAAUUUCAUGUCUGUGUGAAGUUCAUGUUUCAUAUCUCAUUGCACGUUCUUCUACAUUCCCCCAAACAUGUAUCUGGUCAUUGGAAAUAAGAUCAUGGCUGAUACUCGAGUGGCAGAGACCAGUCAUUUGCUCCAGUGUCCGUGACUAUUGGAUAAGGACAGUGGAUGGCUGGUUGUUCACUCUUUCGAAUAUCACGUCUGAAUGAAAUUAUUGUGUUUCUUGUUACAUUUGCAAAUCCUCACAUUUGAUUAAUAAUUAUUGCUAAGAAAGCAAAUAGAUUACACUGGGAACAGUCAAAAUUAUGUAACGGUAGAAACAUUUUAGAAAAAAGUUUCAUUGUGUCUGGUCAAUAUGCUCAAAGGAAAUGCAAGCUCAGAAAUACUAAAAAGACUUUAUUUUUCAUACUGCCUUGUUUGUUGCAUGACAUCAUUUUCCAUCUCACUUAUUAUAUGUGUAUGUUCAUGUAUGUUAACUUUCACUGUAACAAAGCUAAUGGGAAUAAAUGCUCUAGUGGAAAGGUAACUCCACAGAUGCUACUAAGUUUUGAUAUUUUUUAGCAGACUUUAAAAUAUUACAAAGUCUUUGUGUACUGUAUUUAACACUUUUAUAAGGAAUAUGAUUUGAGAUAUUUCAUCCUUAUGCUCUAAAUUUUGUUACGUGCUUGUUAGUCAAAGUGCAAUAAAGUUUUGUACAGGCCUGA